UUUCUUCUGCUUCCUGAAUCUGUUAAUAAUUUUCAGGAUCAAGUGGUGGAGUAUUUCUCUCUGCUCUGGAUGAUCAUGUUGGCUGUUGCUCUCAACAGCUUGCAGAAUUUGUUGUCUCUGCCAUGCCGCAAGGGGAAAAUGUGUAAAACACAACACGUGAAUACUGUUUGCAAACGGUUGUGCCAGUUCUUAUCUUUUCUCGAGAAAACAGGAGGACCGUAGUUGGUAGACGAGCCAGCAAAACUCUGGCCCGUGGCACGCUGGUCAAAAGGCAAACCAGGCUCGUGAUGGUACCACGUCAGUGAACCGCCACCUGUCGAUGUUGACGCAGUGACGGACUCGUCAAAUCAGCCCCGUUAGUUUGACCAGACAGCGACGAUUUCCGUCAGGUAAGUCCGCAAGGAGGAACCUUGGCAACCAAGGCGGCAGCAGCAGCGGCGAACCAAGUCAGCCAAGUAACUGACAUGUGCUUAAUCUCCACGCAUCAAGGACCACACGAAGCUUCCCAGCCUUCGUCCCGGGGCAACACGCGCCAUGCCUUCUCGGCUUCUCCUCCCUAUAAAUGCAGAGCCACCACCAGAGCAUCACAGCAACACAAGCUGAGCCUACGCAAAGAUCGAGCGAGAAACUAAAAAAAAACGAGGGAAAUAUGGUGCUGGGCAUGAACUGCUUCGGCGCCCCUGAAGCCGCAAGCAAGGUGUCGCCGGCGGGCAGGCGGCUCGGCGGAGAGGGAGCAGAGGCCAAGGAGCAGAAAGCGGCGGCGAAAGAGGAGGCCGCAGUGAACCGUGCCGUCGGCGAGGCGAAUGAGAUGGGAGCCGAUCAGGUGAAGGCUGCGGGGAAGGAGGUGCACAAGAAGAAGAGGAGCGGGGCUCCAAUAGUGAUGCACCACUUUCCCUUCCAUUCUCGUCCCGGGCUGCUCUGAUCUCAAACUCCUACUACUAGCAUGGCCACUGCAAUUUUGGUGAAGCUUCUGUCGGCAUUCUGCCGGAGAGUUCGCAUGUUUUGUGAGGGCUAAAUUAUUUGACGAGCAUUGUAGUAGUUCUAUCUUAGAAUUGUACUCUCUUCGUUCGGAAUCACUCGUUGAAAAAAUGAAUGUAUUUAAAUGUAUUUUAGUUAUAGAUACAUUUUUUUCGAUGAUAAGUAAUUUCGGACGGAGGAAGUAUCUUCCUACUCCCUCCGCCCCAAAUUUCCGCGACAAGUAAUUCGAGUCAGAGGGGGUAUGUGUUAAUAUAAUGAAAAAGUUCA